AUGUUGGCUGGCAAAGGUAUUCGUGCUAUCGCGGUGAUGUGGGCAAUGACCGCUAUCUCCUUCAUUCUGGUUCCCCUUCGACUCUAUACUCGAAUCUACAUUGUCAAAGCAUUGGGGGUGGAUGAUCACGUAUUCAAUCUGGCAUGGGUGUUCCUGUUGCUAUACACCAUCUUCAUGACAAUAUCAGGUUAUUAUGGCUUCGGUCAAUCUAUAACCACCCUUGAGAUGGACAUGGCUGUCAAGGCCAUAUAUAACGAGAUGAUCGGACAGACCUUUGCAGUCCUCGGGAUGGCUAUUGCAAAGAUAUCUCUGGGCAUCUUUCUACUCCGCAUCGUUGUCAAGCAGUGGCAUCGUAUCUCCAUCUGGAUAUCCAUGGUCAGUCUUGCAAUUGUAUCGGUAAUGACUGCAAUACUCUUUUGGAUUCAGAAGCUCCCAUCGGAGUCUAUUUAUGAUCCUCGCGUCCCGGGCCGCCUUGUUGUUAAGGUGACACCGUUUUCUAUCUUGCUUGGAUCUUGGUGCGCCGCCGUGGACUUUUACUUUGCACUGCUUCCAUGGAUUUUCAUCUGGAAGCUCAAUAUGAAGUUCAAGGAGAAGAUGUCGAUUGCAAUCAGUUUGAGCCUGGGAUUCAUAGCCUGCGUCUGUGGUAUCAUCAGGACUGUGGAUUUGGGUGGACUAAAUAGUUCGAACUAUACUCUGGACACCGUCGACUUGAUCAUUUGGUCAGCAGUCGAGCUUGCCGUCACCCUAAUCUGCGUUGGAAUCCCUACCGUCCGCCCCCUCUAUCGUGUCAUCGUCCAUGGAUCAAAUCUGGAAGACUCCGAGGGCGGAUACGUCAAGCAUAACAACUCUGAUAAAUCGUCCCAUGUUCACAUGCAAAAUAUGGCCAAGGGUAAUACGGCUUUCAGAGCCAAAGACGAGGGUACUACCGAAUUGUAUAUCUCUCGUAAUAACCACAGUGACGAGGAAGUGCUGGUUGGGCAGAAUAAUAGAACGAAACGUGGGAUUCGCGUGCGAGAAGAGGUACGAGUGGAGACGAAUUAUUGA